AUGACCUCUAUAGCCACGCUGCUCAUUCCUAUACCCAAUGAGUUACAGAGCGACCUCACACGCGCGGAUGCCCGAGCGCUGCCUCGCUCCAAGGAUGGUUCUCUUCGCUCAACUCGUCCUCUUCUUCGUCGACGUCAGCAGGAGCGGGAGCCGCAGUCACGCCUCUCUUUCGCAGGGUUACAGAGAACGCUCUGUUGGAUCGCAGGUCCUUCGCAAAACAGAUGGAAAGACCAAGAUAAGAAAAUGCGAUUAAUCUUGAAAUAUCUUACGUCAAAUGAAUCGCCGUGGUCGACGUUCCUCGGCCAUAUUGGGCACAUUUUUUUACCUCCAUCUACAUGGUGCAGCACCCCAUCCCUUCCCAGGUACAACAGCCGCUGCCUCGCACAUUCAACCCGGGGGAGAGUAGGCAGUCUAUCGUCUCCCAGGACAGCCACAAGUGAAUUGUGUGGAAUAAGGCCAAGUAUGCUUUGUGACUGACGGUGAGCAUUAAAUGGCUUAGAUAAAAUGACAUGCUGGGCCUCUUUGUUCUGCGUUAAAGCAUAGUAAUCUGUCUCAGUGCAAGCGGAAUGGAAUGCUUCCUCGAACCAGGAUUUAAAGAGGAGGUUCGUGACUUCAACACUGGCGAUGAAGUGGCGGGGAGAGGACGAUGUAGUCCUACUCAUGAACCAUAUUAGUAAUUUAUGCAUUAAUGUAUUUAUAUAUUGACACAUGAAUUUCUUUAUUCCUUCAUUCCAGAAUAUUUUGUUAUUAUUAUUAUUUAGCCAUGCUGUUUAUAUCUGUAUUUAUUAAUAUGACAUUUGUUUAAUGUUUUGAUUUUAUAUAGUAUACAUACCAUUAAGACAUAUACUGUACGUAUACACCAUAGGAAAAAUAUUUUCUAUAUUUAAGAUUCCUUUUUAUGCAAGAUAUAUUUAUCACUGAAAGUAUUCAGUACAUUUAGGUCUACACUGUAUUUACACGAUCUGCCUACUUGUUAACCUAUAGUCAUUGUAA